AUGGUCAGUAGUCGAGGCAUUGAAAUUAACCCGUCGAAGGUUAAGGCCAUUUGUGAUUUGAAGCCUCCUUCAACUGUCAAAGAGGUUCAAAGUUUGCUAGGAAGACUGAACUAUGUGGUGAGAUUUAUUUCUCAAUUGUCUGAGACGGCUAAACCUUUCUUCAAGCUCCUGAAAAAGAAUGCCAAAGUCGAGUGGGAUACCGACUGUCAAAGGGCCUUUGAGGAAAUAAAACAAUACCUCUCUCAUCCGCCGGUUCUAGUGCCAGUUGUCCCUAGAGUGCCAUUGAUACUCUAUUUGACUAUUCAUGAUGAAUCUUUGGGAGCCUUGCUAGCUCAAAAGAGACCAAGUGAUGACAAAGAAUGUGUGAUAUACUAUCUCAGUAAGAAGUUUACUUCAUCCAAAAUAAAUUACCCCGAAGUUGAAAAAACGUGUGUGGCUUUCGUGUGGGUAUUACACCACUUACGCCAAUACACACUCCAUCAUCGGAUUCUGCUUGUAACUGAGAAUGAUCCCAUCAAAUAUUUGCUGGAAAAACCUGCGUUGGUCGGAAAGUUAGCAAAGUGGCAAGUUCUGGUAUCCGAAUUCGACGUCCACAGCAUGGCGCAGAAAUCCGUCAAGGGAAGAGCUAUAGCUGACAUGUUGGCAAAAAACUUUGAAAGGUCGGAAGAUCAUGAUCAGUCAGAUCCUAUAGAAGAGCGCAUUUCGGAAAUAGUGAGCGAUAAGUGGACUAUGUACUUCGAUGGUGUCGUUAACCUGGCUGGUUCCGGGACUGGGGCAGUCCUUAUCUCCCCGACAGGUCAGCACCACCUUGUGGCCGCCAAGUUGGUAUUCCCUUGUACCAACAAUAUCUCAGAAUACGAGGCUUGCAUACUGGGAUUGCAAUUGGCCGUCAACAUGAAAGUUAGGAAGCUACAGGUUUACGGCGAUUCCGCCCUCAUCAUUCUUCAGACAGAGAAUCAGUUCGCCGACGCCCUGGCCACAUUGUCAUCAAUGCUACAAGUCAUGGAAGGGUUAGACAUCGAGCCACUGAAGAUCGAAAUACUGACAUGUCUGGCUUACUGUUCGGCAAUCGCGGAUGAACCUAAUGAGAAGCCGUGGUAUCACGACAUCAUGAACUAUCUUCAAAAGGGUGAAUACCCUCAUGGGAGUGAGCUAGCGGAUCAUAAGCACAUAAGGAAGUUAGCGUCGAAAUUCUUCAUCAGUGGCAAUGCUCUUUACAAGAGGUCCUUUGACUCAAUUUUGUUGAAAUGCGUUGAUGCCAAAGAAGCUAAUCGGUUGAUGAGAGAAAUACAUGAGGGCGAAUACGGUUCGCACAUGAACGGUCAUCUUUUGGCCAGAAAAAUCAUGAGACUGGGUUACUUCUGGAUGGCUAUGGAAGCUGACUAUAUUCGGCAUUGGAUCGAGGCGAACUCAUAUGCCAAUGUUACCGCCAAGAAUGUGGCCAAGUUUAUUCGCCGUGACAUCAUCGCUCGCUAUGGAGUCCCGGAGGUGAUCAUUACUGAUAACGGCUCAAAUCUGAACAACAAGGUUGUAGAUGGCUUACUUGACGAGUUUCAUAUCCGUCACUUGAACUCCUCACCUUAUCGUCCACAAAUGAAUGGAGCUGUGGAGGCAGCCAAUAAGAACAUAAAGAAGAUCUUGUCAAAAACUGCCGACAACUAUCGAGACUGGCAUGAACGGCUGCCUUAUGCGUUGAUGGCAUACCGAACUUCGAUCCGCACUUCGACAGGGGCGACUCCUUUCUCGCUCGUUUAUAGUAUGGAAGCAGUCUUACCCGUGGAAGUCGAAAUCCCUUCAUUAAAGAUUCUCUCACAAGCUGAGCUCUAUGAGGAAGAGUGGACUCAACAGAGAUGGGAUCAGUUGAACAUGAUCGAUGAGAAGAGACUAAAGGCUUUAUGA